CAGCGCCGCUGCGGGGCUGCGGGGCUCGAAGCAGCCUGACGCCUCCCCCGGCUCCCGGGAGCCAGACACCCGCGGCUCCCACCGCACGGCCCCGGGUCACGCGUUGGCGGCAGCGGGGGAGGGACCGAGGCCGGGCCCAGGCUCCCUGCGCUCCCGCCGGCGGGCUGCGGAGGACGCGUGCGCGGUGCGCACCAGCCGGGCCGGCUUCAGGUACGGCCCGGGCGCGCUGGGCCCCGAGAGCGGCCGCGGCCUCGGCCUCCGCCUGCUGCAGCCCGGGCCGGGAGGCACCAAUGGCGUCGGCCAUCCCUCCAAACUUCUCCUGGGUGGUGCCCGGCAAGCUGGCAGGGCUGGCCAUGCCACGGCAGCCCUCACACUACCAGUACAUGCAUGAGCAUGGCAUUCGGCACCUGGUGUCGCUGACCGAGCGCAGCCCACCCAACCACGACACCUGCCCUGGCAUCAAGCUCCAUCGCCUCCGCAUCCAGGACUUCUGUGCCCCGUCGCUGGAGCAGAUCAAGCACUUCCUGCAGAUUGUGGAGGAUGCCAGCAACAAGGGCGAGGCCGUGGCGGUGCACUGCAUGCUGGGAUUUGGUAGGACGGGAACCAUGCUGGCCUGUUACCUGGUGAAGGCCCAGAAACUCACUGGGGUCGAUGCCAUCCACGAGAUCCGGAGAAUCCGGCCUGGAGCCAUCGAGACGCAUGACCAGGAGAAAGCCGUGAUCCAGUUCCACCACCACAUCAAAUAGCCACAGCCAGAGCCCCCCCCCCCCCCCUGCACACGGGGGAGGGGGGGGCCAGAGGGACAGGGCUGCUCAGCUACGCAGACACCUUCAGGCGGACCCUCCUGGGUCUGUGGCUGGGCGUUUCUGGACCCAUGGAGGGGACCUUCCCAACUCCUCUGAGCAGGGAGUGCCUGGCUGCUGAGGGGAGCGGGGGCUGGGCUCAGAGCCUGGGGCCAGACCCCAUUCUUGGCAGCAUCUGCCUGCACUGGGGCAGGGGUUGCCCCAGCCCCCUUUACUCGAGACAGACGGGAUGAGCUCUGAAUCGGGGAGGGGCAAAGGGCAGCGACGUGGAAGGGGAGCCCCAUAGGGCAGCGUCUCCUCCAGUCCCCUGUGAUCCUUGCCCUGGGAGAGCCAGGCCCCUAGAGACGGAGUGGGGCUUUGCCCUGCAGGGAGGCUGUGCAUGCCUGCCGGGUGUGUGGGCUGGAGCCUGUCCAGCCAAGGGCUGUAGAUGAGGCUGGAGGUGUCGGGGGGUUUAUUCUUCUGAGCUGCCGCAACCAUGUCCGCCCCCCGCCCUGAAUAAAAGAAGCUGGCGUUGA